AUGGCUGUAUUUAAUGUCAGCUCCUUCUAUCCAACUUUCCUUAUCUUGGUGGGAAUUCCUGGCCUGGAGGCUUCCCAAUGGUGGAUUGGUAUUUUCUUCUGCUCAUUCUAUAUCAUCUCGUUGUUGGGGAACAUGACAUUAAUUAUUGUGAUCCCAUCAUCUCCAAGACUGAAUGAACCCAUGUUUACAUUUCUCCUGCUUUUAUCAACCAAUGAUGUCCUGCUAAGUACAAGCUUAGCCCCUAAACUUUUGUCCAUCAUCUGGUCCAGUUCCAACGCCAUCCUUUUUGAUGCCUGUCUUCUCCAAAUGUGUUUCCUGCACGCCUUCUCAAGCUUUGAAUCCGGACUACUACUAGCCAUGGCAUAUGACCGGUAUAUUGCCAUCUGCAAUCCUCUCCGUUAUUCCUCUAUUAUAAAUGACAAAUUUAUAGUCAAAGUAAUUUUUUUAAUUUUUAUUAGAGCACUUAUUCUGAUUUCUCCAGCUCCCUUUUUAAUCAAGAGGUUUCACUCAUUUAAGACCAAUGUUAUCGCCCAUUCUUACUGCGAGCACAUGGCAGUAGUUAAACUAGUUAACGGGGACAUUUGGGCAAAUAGUGUAUAUGGAUUGAUGGUAGCUUUUACUAUUGUUGGAACUGAUAUUUUGCUAAUUCUAUUAUCCUACAGCAGGAUUUUCCAUGCAGUUUACAGCCUUUCAUCUAAAGAAGCUCGACUGAAGGCAUUUAACACAUGCACACCCCAUAUGUGCGUCUUUUUCAUUUUCUAUGUACUGGCCAUUUUCUCUUUUUUAUCUCACCGCUACGGUAAACACAUCCCGAUCUAUGUUCACAUUGUCCUGUCAAACACAUAUAUUCUCGUGCCAUCCAUGCUAAACCCUCUGGUUUAUGGUUUGAAGACCAAACUCAUCCGAGAACAUGUUUGGAUCAUUGUCCAUAAGACCAGAAAUACCUCAUUACAAAUUCCUUCCCAAUGA